CACCUUUCUUUCUAUAUAGUCAUCGGUAGUGAUCGAGCAUAUAUAUUUCACUACUACUACUAUACUACUACUUGUGGAUUUAGUUAGUUGUUAUAAUUAAGCAAUAUAUAGCUAGAUAGAAAUCUAUAAGACUAAAUAGCAACUGAUCGAGUGUACGUACGUAGUAGGCUAGCUAAGGGAAAAAUGGGCAUGGAUGCGGUAAACGUGUUACACAUGAAUUCUGGCGAUGGUGAAUCAAGCUACGCCAACAACUCGUUGGUUCAGGAAACUGUGCUAAGAGAAGCGCAGCCUGUUUUAAGGCAAACAAUCAAGGAUAUUGCUAAAUCUGAUGACAUGUUCGGGCAAUGUUUCAAGAUAGCGGAUCUUGGAUGCUCAUCUGGCCCGAAUACUCUAUUGACCGCAUCAAACAUUAUUGACAUGGUCCAUGAGGCGUCUAAAGAAAACAAUCGCAAGACACCACAGUUUCAAGUAUGCUUGAAUGACCUUUAUGGAAAUGAUUUCAACUCCGUUUUUGAAUCGUUGCCCACUUUCCUUGCAAAACUCAAGGAGGAGAAGGGAGAAAGUUUUGGUCCUUGCUUCGUUUCAGCUGUUCCUGGUUCCUUCUACGACAGACUCUUCCCAGACGAUAGUUUGCACCUUGUUCACUCCUCUUAUAGUCUUCAUUGGCUUUCUCAGGUACCUAAGGGGCUUGAGAAAAACACAUCACAUAUAUAUGUGGCGAGAACAAGUCCAACAGAAGUGUUCGAAGCAUAUCAGAAGCAAUAUGCUACUGACUUCACGAUGUUCUUACAAGCUCGCGCAAAGGAGCUAGUACCUGGUGGACGCAUGGUUUUAACCCUCAUGGGUAGAAAGCUAUCUGAUCUAGCUAUUGAUGAUUGUGGCGUUGGGUGGGAAGUUCUAGCUCAAACACUUCUCGAUAUGGCCAAACAGGGGUUGGUUAAGGAAUCAGAUGUCGACUCAUUCAAUAUGCCAUAUUAUAAUCCAUGCGAGGAUGAAAUCAGGGAUGUUAUUGAAAAAGAAGGAUCGUUUUCUCUUGAUGUCGUGAGUACAUUUCGAGGCAACUGGGAUGCACUUGACAAAGAUUACACGAGUACAAAAGCAUCCAGUGAGCUUAGCAUUCGUCACGGGAAAAACACAGCCAAAAUGGUGAGAGCUUGUUUGGAACCCUUGUUGGCGAUUCAUUUUGGAAGUUCGGUAAUUGACAAGCUAUUCGAGAACUAUGGAAAGCGUGUAGCCGAGCAUCUAGCUGUCGAGAAAACAAGGCACUACAAUAUAGCUAUUUCAUUGACCAAAAAAUGAGCUUCUUAAUUUUUAGGUGUUUCUCAAAUCUUUUCGCUUCAUCGAUCGGAGGCUGCUUUUCGAAAUUGGAAGCUGCCGGGCCGGGGCUCUGUUUAGUUCUAGUACUAUGUUUCAUUUCUAGUUUGGUGUUUAAAUAUUUGUAUGCAUUUAUGACUUGUAAUAUCUCCUGGUUUCUCGCUUUUCUAGCAUCUGUACAAAAGCAUUUGCCGAUGGAAAAUAAUGUGUGAUAAAUCAUACGAGUAUUAUGUUGUUCCAA